GUCUACCCGGAUUUUUUCAGGCUUGGGGACCAGUUGUACCGGGGAAACAUGGUGUCUCGCAAGGAAAGGCUAAAAACUCUGGGACAAGAGGGGUGAGCGAGGGAACCGAGCUUCUUCCGUCUUUUGCUGGGGACGAGGGGCAACCCAGACUUCUAAGUCACCGUAACCCGCAUUCUCCGAUCCUGUAGAAAAGUUGGCGGGCAUUAAGGGAAGAAUUUACCGGCAAGUCAGGGCCGGGUAGCAGCGGCGGUUUUUCUCUUUCCCACCCAGCACGUUUAUGUUCAGAGUUCGUCCGAGAAACGGAGGCCUCCUUGCGAGUGUUGGGUUCUCCAAAGCGCGGAGGUUUGGGACGGGCUGAGCCCAUUUCCAACCGGGAUGAUGGAGUCUGCGUUCACUCUUGUUCAGCUCUCCACGCGUGCCGGCGCAGAGGAUAUCUUGACAGGCACCCUGCACUGUGCCUGUUAACUCAUACCUGUCUCUCGCAUCCCAAGGCUCCUCUUAGUUAAGCGGCUUCCCCAAGAAGCUGCACGUUGGAAUGAAUUUAGAGUCCUCAUAAUGGAAACAAAAUAAAUGAAGGAAAGCCAGUUAUUUUUAUAACAGCACAUUUAACCUAAAUACUAGUUGCAAAUGGCUUUCUUUACUGAAGAGAAUUUGUGAUGUAAAUGGAAAGAUACCUUUUUUCUAGACUCAUCCUUUAUAAAUAUGUUUCGUCUGAGAACUCUGGGUGCAUUCUCCUGGAGAGUGUUUCAGUUUCGACCCUUCAGUUGUGAACCACUAAUUAUUCAGCUGAAUAAGUGUAUAGAUGAAGAGCAAAUAUUUGAUCUUAUAGAAAGAAACAAAGCGACACUUUCAGAAAAGCAAGUUGAAUGUGCAUUUUAUAAUCUUUGGCAACUUCAAAAGCAGAAGACCAACUUGUUAAAAAAUGUUGCCUGUGUAAAAGAUCACCCCCAAUUUCUUACUCUUCAUAAUUUGACUACAAAUAAAAUCAAAUUGAUGAAUGAUGAUACUCUGGUGAAUGUGUUAUACAUCAUACAACAGUUUGCUGUUGAGGCCCAUGAUCCGCUAAUUCAAGCACUAGUUACAGAAGCAUGGAAAAGGAUGGAAAGGUUUGAUAUUAAAGUACUAUCCACAUUUUCCACUUGCCUAGCAGAUCAGCAUUUGUAUUUUAGUCCACUAAUGGGAAAAAUAGCUAAUAUUGUAAAUAGGAACUUGGAAACAAUACAGGAUUUAAGGUCCUUGUCUGUCUUGAUGGUCAGCAUAUCUUCUUUAAUAUCACAACAUUUUCGAGAACAAUUACUGAAUAAAACAGAGAUUCUUUUUGAUAACUUAAGUUCUUCUGAAGUCGAUAUUGCAAAAAGAAUAGUACGAUUUCUUAAAAAUGAAUAUAGAUAUUACCCACUAUUAGAGAGGUGUAAUAAAGUGUUUUUAAACAACAUGAACCACCUUGUGGAUUCCAUCAGUAAAAUACUUGGUUGGUACCACUUCCUACAGUUCCAUAGUUUUGAAUUUAUGAUAGUGGCUAAAAAGAAGCUAACUCAGAUGAUUCCUCUGUUUGAUCACCCUGCAAGCUUUGUAAAAUUGUUUGUUGCAUUGGGACCAGUAGCAGAACCAGAAGAAAAGAAACAACUUAAAUCAACCAUAUUAUUGAUAUCAGAGGAACUCACCAGCCAGCAAGCCUUAGCAGUGGUGGGAGCAAUGGAAGAUAUGGAAAGCAGAAAUUCACAUUUGAACAAAAAAAUUGCUUCAGUUUUGCAUAAACAUUUGGAUAACUAUAAACCAAUAGAACUAUUGAAGAUAACUCAGUCAUUGAUUUUUCUACAUUUUCAAAGUAAAGAGUUUUUUGUGAAGCUCAGAAAAUUGCUGCUUAGUUACUUGAAAGUUAGUGUCAGACCAAGUGAGAUUUCCAUCCUGGUCUGUGCUAUUUCCAUGCUUCCUUCUCCUCACCUAGAUGAAUCAGCAAUAUCCCGAAUUGAAGCAGUUUUACCACAGUGUGACCUAAAUGACCUGAAUGAUUUUGCCACAUCUGUUUUAAGAUGGAUUCAGUAUGAUCACAUGCAUAUGAGUAGCAUUACUGGGAAACAACUGAAACUACUUCGAAAAUUAGAUCACUACGGUCAUCAGAGAUUACAACAAAGCAACAAUUUGGAUCAGUUAUGGGAGGAACUUAAAUCUUUAAAAGCAGAUUGGUUUCGUGAAUCUCUUGUUGAAGAAACAAGAAGCUUACAGCGUUUGAUGGAUGGAAUUAAUUAUAAUGUUGCAGGGAUUGCAUCUUUUAUUUCUAGAACUAACUACCUCAGUACUUUGCUACUUGAUAGGAUAGCCUCUGUGGUUAUUGAGCAGAUUGAAAAGAUUCAUCCUUUUUCAGUUUUUGCUGUUAUUCUUCCAUUCAGCAUCUUGAACUAUGAUCCACCUCAAAGGAAUGAAUUUUUUGGAACAUGCAUGCAAUGCCUUAAUUCUCACUUAGGUACAUUGGAUCCUCUUAUGUUAGUGUUCCUUGGUUUCUCUUUGGCCACACUUGAAUAUUUUCCAGAAGAUUUGCUAAAGACAAUUUUUAACAUCAAAUUCUUAGCAAGAUUAGAUUCUCAACUUGAAAUUUUACCAUCAUCUCUACGUACAAGGGUCCAGUUUCGUCUUAUGGAAUUAAAUAGAGCAGUCUGCUUGGAAUGCCCUGAGUUGCAAAUACCAUGGUUUCAUGACCGCUUCUGUCAACAACAGUAUAAUAAAGAUAUUGGCAGUAUGAAUGGAGCACAACUACAGAUUUCUAAAAUGUUAGCAGAGGUACUAGGAGGAAUCAAUUGUGUGAAAACCUCUCUUCUUUCACCUUAUUACCACACAAUAGAGUUUGAGUGUAUCUUAGAUAAAAGAAAAAAACCUAUUCCUUAUGGAAGCCAUAAUAUAACUUUUGGAAAACUACCAGGAAUGUACUGGGAAUCAAAUAUCCAAAUAGUUGGAUCAAGUCUUCCACCAGGAGCUGAAAGGAUUGCUUUUGAAUUUUUGGAUUCAAAAGCUUUUUGUAGAAAUAUCCCUCACAUAAAAGGAAAAUCUGCUAUGAAAAAACGACAUUUGGAAAUUUUGGGCUAUCGUGUCAUUCAGAUCCCUCAUUUUGAAUGGAACUCUAUGGCAUUGUCACAGAAAGAUGCUCGGUUGGACUACUUGAGAGAACAUAUAUUUGGAACAGGCAAAUCAUGAUUGUAAUUUUUAUUUAAAAUGAGUUUUUAUGGUGUGUCACAUAUGUAUGUGCUUUAUUUAAGUGACCUGACUCAAUUAAAAAAUAAUAGGUGCAGGCUGGGGUUGUGGCUCAGUGGUAGAGUGCUUGCCUAGCACGUGUGAGGCACUGGGUUCGAUUCUCAGCACCACAUAAAAAUAAAUCAAUAAAUAAAUGUCCAUUGACAACUGAAAAUAUUUUUUAAAAAAAUAGUAGGUGCAAAUAUGCUGAGGUGGCAUGUUUGAGAAUAAUAAGGGAUUUAUUGUGGACUGUAGCAGAACAAGUGGGAAGUGGGGUGGGAGGAUAAUAAAAGGAAAGUAAGCAAUAACAGUCUGAUAGAUCUACCCUCAUGGCCUCUCUUAGUGAGAUGAGAAGCCAUUGGAGGGUUUCAAGUGAGGAAUGAUGAGAAUUCACAUUUUAACUGUAUCACUCUGGUUGCUCUCUUGAGAUGAGAAAAAAGUACUAAGGAACAGAUUUAUUAGCAGGCAAGAAAUGGAUUGUGACCAUUUAAAGAACAUUUCAAUAAUCCAAGCAAGAAAUGGAUGCUGGCUUGGAUAGAAUAGUAGCAGUGAAUGUAAAGAAAAGUGGUUUUUACAAUGUAUUUUGAAAGUAAAGACAACAGAAUUUGCUUAAUGAUGGAUAUGAGGGAAGAGAGAAACAAGAGUCAAUGAUAAUACUAAAUUUUUGUCCUGAGCAAUUAAAAGGGUAUUUUCAUUAUGGGGAAGUCUAUAGGAGGAAGGUAGCGAGUGGUGGAGGAUCACGGGUUUGUUUUAGACAUGUUAAGUUUAUGCUUUUUAAAAUCUAAGUGGAGAUACCAAACAAUUCAGUAAAUGAGUUAGGAAGUAAGGAGACAGAGGUCCAGGCUCCAGAUAUAAAUUUGAAAAUUAUCAUUGGUAUUUAAUACCACAAGAGUAGAUGAAAUCACUUGAUUAGAGGAAAGUGUGAGGAGAGACCUGAGGCCUGAGCUCCAGGGUGCUCUAGCAUUAAAAGGUUAAGAAGAAACUGCAAAGGAGGUUGAGCAGGGGUGACCAAGGAGGUGGGAGGAAAAGUCAGAGAAAGUAGUAAUACUUCAUGGAAGCCAAGAUGAAGCAUUUCAAGGAGGAAGAAGUGAACCAUUAUAUCAAAUACUGCUAAUAAGUUAGGUAAGCGGAGCAUUGUGAAAUGCCCUUUAAAUUUAGCAACAUGAGCUUAAGCAUGAGAUAGAUCCUGGAUUCAUACUGCUCCCACUCCCAUACACACAGAAUGGCCACAUAAAAAUCAUCACUGACUUUGAAAAAUGAUUUUUGUUAAGUGGUAUUUGAAAACCUGACUAUUUCCAAGAGAAAGUGGAAGGAGACAUGAGUUUUCUUCUAAAUGGAAACAGAAAUGGAAUGUUAGUUUCAGUGGUCCAAUCUUGGCCUGGUCUGAUCCUUCACAAGCUAGGGGAAUAAGGACUUUUUUUCUGUCUUAUAACACAUUUACAGUAAAAUAGUUAUGAGGGAUCUAGUGUAUUAUAUAAUUCCUAGCACUUCCUUUAGGCCACGUGGAGUGUGUGAGGCGGGUAGUAAUGGGACUGACCAUCUGAAACUUGACUAUCUUAUGACUCCUGGGCCCUCUAAAUUCAUUCUGUCCUAUAGUUGGUAGCCAAAGUGCCUUCUAUUAUAAAUGUGUGCUCUGCAUGUAAUUUGCUUCAUUAAUAUUUGACUUGGGCUUAGUUGAAAUACAUGUUUAAAAUAUCGCCUGACUUUGCAUGACUUGAGCCCCAAUAUUUAAUGAUUUUGCAGAAGUGAACUUUUGCAAAAAACAGAAUAGUAAGCAAGUGAAGGAUACCUCCUUGUAUCCAUUUGUUAAGAUUUGGAUAUGCGGUGUCCCCCCAAAACCUCCUGUGUUAAUACAGGAAUGUUCAGAAGUAAAAUGAUUAGUUUAUGAAAACCAUAAUCUAAUCAAUGGAUUUAUCCAUGUGAUGGAUUAAUAAUUUGAGCAAACUAAAGCAAGUGGUAACUGUAGGCAGGUAGGGUAUGACUGAAGGGAGUUGGUCACCCAGGGUAUGCCUUUGGAGUUUUUAUUUUGUCCCUGGUGCUCCUCCUCUCUGCUUCCUGGCUACCACUAGGUGAGCAACUUUGCUGUGUCCCAUCCUUUCACCAUGAUGUUCUUGGCUAAUCUUGGGCCCAGAGUAAUGGAGUUGGCCAACCAUGAAGUGAAACUCUGAAACCACGAGCCAAACUUUUAAUUUUAUUAUAAAGUUGUUCUUGUCAGGUAUUUUGGUCAUAACAAUAAUAGACAGACUAAUCCACCAUUCUUCCUCCUGAAUUUCCUCAUGAUAUUCAUUUAUAGUAACAGAUAUACUAAAUUCUGUUUAUUCAUUUACAUGAAUGUGUUCUAUUUCUCAAGCAAAUGACAAGAACCAAAUCUUGAAAAGUUAAAGUGUUUUACUAUGCAUCUUUUAGAAUAAAAUGAUUAGACUGUCCUUUUUAUAUAAAUAAUUGAAAAUCCAGUUGUUAUAUAUUUGAGAUACAUAGAAAUCUUACUUAAAUGACUCUGGUGUAUCUUUUGCUUCUUGUUACACAUAAUCUAACUUCUCAUGUACCAUAUCUCUGACUCUUCUUUUACUAGGCUGUCUGAUUGAAUGGUUUUGUGUGUGUGUGUGUGUGUGUGUGUGUGUGUGUAAAACAAAUCUUUUUUUCAUUGAGAUAUAAUUUACAUACCAUAAAAUCCACCUUUUAAAAGUGUAUAAUCUAGUCAUUUUUAGUAUAUUUGUAUGAUCAUUGCCACUGUUCAAUUCCAGAGCAUUUUCAUCCUCCCCUAAAGAAGCCCUGUAAAAAACAUUAUUUUUACAAUUUAAUUUCCUGUGUACAUGGAGAGUAUUCUCUCCCUGAAAGUUAUCUCUGUUCUGAUUUAAUGGUUAAGUCUUACAGUUUUAUCUAUCUCCCAGGUGUGAAUCCUUGGACACCAAAAUUUCCCCUACCCCUUACCUUUUAACAUCUGUCUUUAUAAACAUCCCCUCUACCCCUGACUUUUACUAACAAAUUUAUUGUUGAAGAACCUGUAGGGUUUCCCACCUUUGGGAUUUGUGAUAUACUCGUAGUAUAUAGUUCAGAUCAAUAUAGUGGUUUUUGUUUGCUUGUUUGUUUGUUUUUUGGUACUGAGGAUUGAACUUGGGGGCACUUAACCACUGAGGUACGUUCCCAACCCUUUUUUAUAUUUUAGAGACAGGGUCUUGUUGGAAGCUGUGAAUGAACUGUGGGCGUGUCUAAGCCUUCUCUAAGUGGAAGUGUGUUCCUCGGAGAACUCUCGCUGUAAUCUCACCGACCUGAGACAGCUUCAUUGCCUUGGCAAAUGUCCUGCACAAAGAGAAUUCUGUGAUACUGCGGAAUUUACUGGCUCGGACAGCCUAGGUUCAAAUGCACUCCUCUGAGGUAGAGAGAGAUCAGUGCUCCAACUAGUCUUGAGUGCCAGCUGCCUGGUGGAGGAAGAAUUACUGUGCAAGUGAUACGUCCCCAAUCAGGCCAACUUCCACACAGCCUCUGGCUUCUUGUUUACCUUGAAGAACCCCUCCUUACAAUAAAUCCCUCUGAUGUGUUUCACUAUAAAUAAAGCAUUCGUGGGCUUUUUCCCUUUGUUAGGAUGAGACCCAUCAGGUAUUUUCUACCCAUCGAGUCCCUGCUUUAAAAAGUAUUUUCCUGUCUUUUGCUUUAUUUUUUGACAUUACUUUUUCAGAUUUUUAUUUCUAGCCAUCCCACACCUCCGAGGGUUACUUAUUUCCUCUGCUAGCAGACCACAGGUGACAGGGCCUCAGAGUUUCUUAGGGCCUCUCUAAGUUGCUGAGACUGACUUUGAACUUAUAAUACUGCUGCCUCAGCCUCCUGAGCUGCUGGGAUUACAGUGGCUUUUCAAUACAGAAAAGUAACCAGACUUCUACUUCAGAGAUCCAAACUGUUUUUGUUGAAUAUAUUUCUAUAUUUAUGAUAAAGAAAAUAAAGCCAUAUGAACACAUCUCUGUUCUUUAUGCAAGUACUUGACAAUCAUGGGAUGGUCCAAAUUGGUCUCAAAUCUCAGAACAUAAUGUUUAAGGAUAGUAGUCAAAUACAUGUCAACAAGAUACAUGUCUAGAAUAAAAGUGAUGAUUAGUUGAUGACUUGCAGAAUUGAAUUUGAUGAUUAUAGACAGAUUGAGGAGUCAACCUAUGAUAUACUCUAAGAAGAAAUAGUGUAGGGCUUCAUGUCCAAAAAAUGGAACCAUUCAGUCAUACUUCCUGCUAUCAGAAAUUUCACGAAUAGCUCUUUUAUCUGAAAUAUAGCUAAAAUUUAAACCAAUGACUGUAUACCUCUUCCACCCUCUGCCUCAGAAGUUUAAACUAUCAGUCUGUUUCCUGAUGGCACUCACCUUCUUUUCACAGAUGGUUGUUAAUGGUAUGAAAACAAUGAUUUAGUGGUUUUAAGUUAAAAAUUUUUUAAAAUUUGAUUUGGAGAUCACAGAUAAUAUACUAGUGUCACAAAAAGAAUGGAGAAUAAAGAAAGGCCAUUUCAAUUUGAUUACUUUUACUUUGAAACUUUUUCCCUCCAAAUGAGACUCAUUUAUUACAUUCCUUAAGUAUCAUUUCCAAAUAAUUUUAUGACUUGUAACCUUUAAUAUAAUGCAUAGGAUUCCUGUCAUAGAUUGAAGCAUAAGGAAAGUUUUUGAUAUUUUAAAACAUUUUAAAAAUGGGCACAUAUAUAUGUAUUUAAUUUGUAGAAAACAAGUAUAAAGUUUCCCUAUUAAUACAAAGGAUUAGGAAACAACUCAAAUUUAGAGGCUCCUUUACAAUUCAUUAAGACAAAUUAACAAGAAACAAUUUUUCAACUUAAUAUUUAAUUUCUUAUUAGAAAAUGGUUUCAAGAUCUGAUUAUGGCAUUGAAAAGUCAAUGACCAAGAUUUUGAUGUUCUUUUUACUUCUUAGAUAAUAACUUAUUGAAUAAUCUCUACAUGAAUCUCUGUACAGGCUUUUUAAAAACAGAAUAAAUUAAACACUAUUAUUCAAACAAACCACCUCUCAAUCUAUUCUGUUUUGUCACCUUGUUUAUAGUUUAGACAGUUUGAAGAGAUUUAAACGUGUUGCUAGGCAACUAGCUCCUGAAGCAUAACGUAUUUCCUUCAACAUUCCGGCCCAUUCUUUUUUAUCAUCU